CUUGAGCUUGAGCCAUGGAGGGGGAACCCUGAAGAGCUUCCAGUUCAUCUUUGUAAAAUAAAGACGUACCGCAGUGGAACGGGCACUGUGGUACCGGUGGUAGUAUUGUAUAAUGAAGUUGGUACUCACUGGCGUCUUUCUACUUGUAGUACGACCAAGUUGUGCCAUAGACAAUGGAGACGUUGAUUCCAUCACAACUAAUGCAGAGAGUAUAUCAGAGAGUCACCACAGAAAAGACCGACAAAUCUUGCUAGGAAAUCCAGCAAUAUCGCUGUAUAAUCUACCUCAAGGAUGGAAUACCAUUAAUACUGACAAUACGAAUUUAGUGUCAUCAGCUUCAUGCUACACGUCUACAGGGAUCUUAGCAAAAUGCACAUCUUUCAGAAUGUGCUAUCCAUUUUUCAAGGCGCCAGAUGCCAAUACGUACAAUUGGUUUUUAGGGAUGUACGACACUUGCAGCUAUAUCAGCAGUCAGGGAAGACAGAUGUUUGGAGUAUGUUGUCCAAAUCCUGCAACACCUUCUGAAGUUCCCGGUAGUGCAUCAACAGAGAAAGCAACAAUAUCACAGGGAAGCACACCACAGAAGCCGAACAAACCAUCCACAGUCACCAACCAAACAUCAAUCUAUUACCCCCAGACCUUAAACUGGCCACCACCAUUACCAACUCAUCCACCCCACCACACUAUUCCCCCACUACCAACGCAUCCACCAUCCCCUGGAUACCCAGUGGCCCCUACAACUUCAAGCGCCCCUAAUAAACCCACUGCUUCGAUGCCAACAUCUUACAAACCUAGCGUCACUGCUCCUGCGAUUAAACCCACUUCAACCAAGGCUCCGAGUGGGGCAAAGCCCAUCACAGCUAGUUGCGGGGCUAAGAAUGGGUAUGAAGAUCAAGAAAGGAUUGUCGGAGGUCACAACGCUGACCCGAAUGAAUGGCCCUGGAUUGCUGGAUUGUUUGUUGGAGGAAGACAGUUUUGUGGAGGGUCUCUUAUUGAUAAACAGCAUAUUUUGUCUGCAGCGCACUGCGUAGCUCACAUGAGUUCAUGGGACGUAGCAAGACUUACUGUCAGACUUGGUGAUCACAAUAUCAAAACAAGUUCAGAAGUAAGACAUGUAGAGAAAAGAGUUAAGCGUGUGGUCAGGCAUCGUGGAUUUGACUCCAGAACGUUGUAUAAUGAUAUAGCUAUACUAACUCUCGAUAGUCCCGUAGAGUUUUCCCAUCAGAUAAGGCCUAUAUGUCUGCCAAGUGGAAACAACGAUCACGCUGGUAAAACAGGAACUGUUAUUGGAUGGGGCAGUCUUAGAGAAAGUGGCCCUCAGCCAGCAGUCCUACAAGAAGUGAAUAUUCCCAUAUGGAACAAUAGAGACUGCAAACUGAAGUAUGGCCCAGCAGCUCCGGGAGGUAUCGUAGAGCACAUGAUCUGUGCUGGAAGGGCUAAUAGAGACUCCUGCAGUGGAGACAGUGGCGGACCACUUAUGGUGAAAAAUGGAAAGUGGACGCAAAUUGGAAUUGUUUCAUGGGGGAUAGGCUGUGGAAAAGGUCAAUACCCAGGGGUCUACACGAGAGUCGAAAAAUUCCUGCCAUGGAUAUAUAAAAAUCUCAAAUAGAUCAUUUUAUUUUGAUCAAUUAUGUGACAAUUAUUAAUGUUAUACUUAUAGGUAAAUAAAUUAUUUUCUAAUCUUA